AUGACUUCCACUUCCUGGUUCACUCCUUUCGGUGUCACACUCGUUCUCGGCUCUCUCAACCGGCCUCCAGAGAACACGUCCCGGGGCUCACAGGCGCCACCGGUUGUGGUGAUGGGAGAACGGGAUGGAAUACCAUUUCCGGCGCUGCCGCCAGGAAUCCUGGGAGAUAAGUGUUAUGAACAGAAGCAGUACAAAAAUGGCCUCAAGUUUUGCAAGAUGAUUCUUUCGAACCCAAAAUUUGCUGAACAUGGAGAGACUUUGGCUAUGAAAGGAUUAACACUGAACUGUUUAGGAAGGAAAGAAGAAGCCUAUGAAUUUGUUCGUAAAGGUCUCCGCAAUGAUGUCAAGAGUCAUGUCUGUUGGCAUGUAUAUGGACUCCUGCAACGUUCUGAUAAGAAAUAUGAUGAAGCUAUUAAGUGUUACCGAAAUGCUCUCAAGUUAGAUAAAGAUAAUCUGCAAAUUCUGAGGGAUCUCUCCUUGUUGCAGAUUCAAAUGAGAGACCUCGAAGGUUACCGAGUAAGUAGUCUGAAAAUGAGAAGUUUAUACAGUAGAUACAAUUUAAAAACACUUGAAUUUAGAAUGAAGUUAGUUCCCCCUAACAAAAUAGACUAUGAAUAUAGCGAACUUAUAUUGUAUCAAAAUCAAGUGAUGAGAGAGGCAGAUCUGUUUCAGGAAUCACUGGACCAUAUAGAAGCUUAUGGGAAACAAAUAUGUGAUAAACUUUUGGUGGAUGAAAUUAAAGGGGAAAUGCUGUUGAAAUUAGGACGAUUGAAAGAAGCCAGUGAAGUGUUCAAAAACUUGAUCGACCGGAAUGCAGAAAACUGGUAUUAUUAUGAAGGCUUGGAGAAAGCUCUACAACUUAGUUCCUUAGGACCUUUUCUUCCCCAUGGUACUUUAGAAGAGCGGAUUCAAGUCUAUGAAGAAAUUAGUAAGCAGCAUCCCAGAGCAAUAUCACCUAGAAGAUUGCCUUUGAAUCUCGUUCCAGGUGAAAAAUUUAGAGAACUAAUGGAUAAGUUCCUGAGGGUUAACUUCAGCAAAGGCUGCCCACCUUUAUUUACCACUUUGAAAUCUUUAUAUUACAAUACAGAAAAGGUUUCUAUAAUCCAGGAACUUGUUAUUAAUUAUGAAGCCUCUCUUAAGACGUGUGAAUUUUUUAACUCUUAUGAGAAUGGUGAAAGAGAACCCCCAACAACACUGCUCUGGGUUCGCUAUUUCCUGGCCCAACACUUUGAUAAGCUUGGGCAAUAUUCUUUGGCUCUGGAUUAUACUAAUGUUGCAAUUGCUAGUACUCCAACUCUAAUUGAGUUAUUCUAUAUAAAAGCAAGAAUUUACAAGCAUAUAGGUAAUCUUAAAGAAGCUGCAAAGUGGAUGGAUGAAGCACAGUCUUUGGACACAGCUGAUAGAUUCAUUAAUUCUAAAUGUGCAAAAUAUCUGCUUCGAGCAAAUAUGGUAAAAGAAGCAGAGGAAAUGUGCUCCAAGUUCACAAGGGAAGGAACAUCUGCCAUGGACAAUCUCAAUGAAAUGCAGUGUAUGUGGUUUCAGACAGAAUGUAUUUCAGCUUAUCAGCGUUUGGGGAAAUAUGGAGAUGCCCUGAAAAAAUGCCAUGAAGUAGAAAGGCAUUUUUUUGAGAUAACUGAUGAUCAAUUUGACUUCCAUACGUACUGCAUGAGAAAAAUGACCCUUCGUGCCUAUGUUGACCUAUUGAGGUUAGAAGAUAUUCUCAGAAGACAUGCCUUCUAUUUCAAGGCUGCUAGAUCAGCAAUUGAAAUAUACUUGAAAUUGUAUGAUAAUCCUCUAACCAACGAAAACAAACAACAAGAAAUAAACUCAGAAAACCUGUCUGCCAAAGAAUUGAAGAAAAUGCUUAGCAAGCAGAGAAGAGCUCAGAAAAAGGCUAAGCUGGAAGAAGAGAGAAAGCAUGCAGAAAGGGAGCGGCAACAGAAAAACCCAAAGAAAAAAAGAGACGAAGAAGAGGAAGAAGCCACUGGUCUCAAGGAAGAAUUUAUACCUGAAAGAUUAGAAAGGGUAGAAAAUCCACUAGAAGAAGCGAUCAAAUUCCUUAUACCUCUUAAGAACCUUGUUGCUGAUAAUAUUGACACUCAUCUAUUAGCAUUUGAAAUAUAUUUUAGAAAAGGAAAGUUUCUGUUGAUGCUACAGUCUGUCAAACGAGCUUUUGCCAUAAACAGUAAUAACCCAUGGCUACAUGAAUGUUUGAUUAAGUUUUCUAAAUCUGUGUCUAAUCAUAGUAACCUUCCAGACAUUGUUAAUCAAGUUCUCUCUCAAGAAAUGCAGAAAAUAUUUGUCAACAAGGAUUUGGAAAGUUUCAAUGAGGAUUUUCUCAAACAUAAUGCUACCUCUCUUCAGCAUCUACUUUCAGGUGCUAAAAUGAUGUAUUUUCUGGAUAAGUCAAGGCAAGAGAAAGCAAUUGCUAUUGCUACCAGGCUGGAUGAAACUAUAAAAGAUAAAAACGUAAAGAUUUUGACCAAGGUGUCUGAGGCCCUGCUGGACGGCAGCCUUGGGAAGUGCCGCCCCCAGUACGAAGAGUACCGAGCGGCCUGUCACCGACGGUUUCCUCUGACGCCGGCCUUCCUGCCUGCCGCCAGCCAGGCCGACAGUCUGAGCGCAGCGCUCAACCACACAGCUGUUCGCUAUGAUGUUUUGGCAAAUGAAAUGUGAAGCCUAACGGAAGGUUGCUCUUCCAGACCCGAGGCAGAAUUCCAGAAGUCAGGAUUUCUUUUUCCAGGGUGCAUUCUGAUAUAGAUAGAAAUAGUUGGAUAAAAAUUUUCAACGGAGUGUUCUGUAAGCUUGUUUUAUUCUUUACCCGACCCUGUUGGUGUCUGUAAACGUCUGUUAAAAUCCCCGAUUUCUACCCUGUAUGGUUUUACCCUACGUUUCCAAAUGGCAAACACUGCAGUAGGUGCUGUCACGUCUAUAAAUGUAUUGAUUUCUUAUUAAGAUAAGUUAUAUGCUGUGCCACGAUAUUGUUUUCUUUGGAGCCUGGGUUUCAGGAUACAUGAUUUGAUCCCUUGUCUUACUGUUUUGUUUGAUUGCUUGUAGUUGCUUGCUUUUUACUUAAAGUCCAUUAGUUUUAAGUUGUUAACUGUGUGUUAAAAACAAUCUAGAACGCAUCAUGGCAGAUGAUUGAGGUUUAUUUAAAAUUUAAAGUGCCCACUUUUCUGCCUUAAUUUGUCAUGAUGUACCACUUCCUUGUAGCCUCCGUCCCAGCGGUACUUUCUGGGUGACCCCGGGUUAGGGUUGGUUUUACCUCUCAAUCAUGGAACUUAACUGGCAGGUAGAUGUAUUGCCGUGCUCUAAAUAGCUUUUCAGUCUCACAGGCAGGAAUUAUGCUCUCUUAACUAAGCUGCUCUGAGUGUUAGCAGGUAGUUUAUGUCUGAGGGUUGUACUUCAAGGUAGCAGAAGAGGCCGAAUGUAAAAGAUAGUGAAACAAGCAUCUUACUCUGAACAGCCAUGCAUCUCUAUACUCCUCAGCAAAACGAGAGUUUACACUAUCGUUAACUACUAAAAGAUAGUAUUGUUGAACAAUGAUUUUUAUGUUUGCUGGGGGGUGGGGGGGGACUAGCUUUUUGUCCUGUCUUAUACAGAAAACAGCAAUGGAAUCAUUGAAUAUGUUUGUGUUUCAUUCAAAACUAUGUAAAUAUGUCCAAUAUUAAUGCUUCCCUUUGUGGCAAUAUAAAUUCAAAAAGGGAGAUUCUAUUUAGACAAAAAAUUCUAAUUAAAGUGAUUUUCCAUCACCCUAAUCUAUUGGACUCUUAAUUGUUGAAUUUCACUGUAUAUAUAAUGCCAACCUAUAUGAUGUAAUAAAUUAUUUUGUACACAGUU